AGACACUCAAUUUUCUCAAAGUGACAAAAUUUACCGCUCUUACUGUAAAAUAAACCGUAUGUAAUGCAAUGUACUACUUUGCUGGUUCAUCUGAGAUUUGCUUAUGCAUUGUCAUGUGGUUUUGUAACUCGUCUUUUUUUCUUUACUUUAUUCUGUUCUUUAUGUCUAAACAAAAUACAUAUACAAAAAUAGAUGAAAUAGAAGCAAGUUCCAUCCUUGUUUCUUUAGCGAAUCAUACACCUACAAUGUCUAUUCAUCAUUUAUUAGAUAAUCACUCAACAAGUCAUAUCCCUAUACCAACAGUGUAUACAUCACCCAAUCAACACCAGCAUCCCUCAAGGCCCUAUGUGAUGAAACAAACCCCAAAGAUACGUCGUAACGCACUUCAAGCCUACAUUAGUUACAUGACUUAUACAGACAUGCGUAAAAAAGGAACUACAACAAACAAACUGAUCGAACAGCCCCUUACUGCCUUUUUACAUCGUCCUUUCAAUGAUCGCUUUUCCUCAAAAUAAAC